UCCAAACAGCCUCACACCCCGAGUCCUUCUGUCGUUCGCAGUAGGUUCUCCAGCUCUGAUGAUGCUGCGCUAACUUUGGAACAUGAUCUAUCUUCUCUAAAUGAUUACUCUCUACCUUUCCUUGCAUUUCUCUGGCUCCAUUCUGCUCGCCGUCUGAGCUCCAGCAGCUCCCGCACCCGCCCGGACGUCAGCCAGCCUUAUACUCCGGACUCCGUCGCAAUCGGAGACGUCUCCUUUCCUUCUUCCGAUCCACUACCACUGUAGGGCCUUGUCUUGCUCUCCACUGACGGCAUGAUGCAGUGGACGUCAUUCGUUCAGAAAGCCCAGUCUUUCAUCGACCCAGCCAAUUUCACCCUACCAACACUCACUUCCUCCGAUCGCAACCCUUCCAAGGCCUCCUUGUUUCGCCAGCAAUUCCGUCUACCAGAUUCUCAGAAUCCGCUACAAGAGAUCACGGCCGAACUCAUUCUUCCCUUACCGCAUGGCGCCCCUUCCGGAGAUGGCCCUCGGAAUGUCGACCACGCCGGUAACCGAUACGCCGGGCGCCUCCACCUCAGUGAGCGGUUUCUCUGCUUCUCCACACAACCGACGAGCUUUGCCCCCUCCGCUAGUCUCGCUGCCUCGACACACUGGGCCGGUCAAACUAAUGGCACUGGCCCGUCUGGCAAUGGGUUCACGAUCCCGCUGUGCUGUAUCCGGCGCGUGGAACGGCUGAACAGUCUCAGCCAUAUCUUUUCCCUAGCCCUGACGACAUGGAACGGCGCACUAGGCAAGCAGCAGCCACCAGGCUUCAUUCCGCAGAAAUUUACCGUCCAGCUGGCUGGAAGCAGGCAGGCCUGCGAACGCUUCUGCGACGGGUUGAAGAAGGGACUGCGCGAGGGCAUGAAGGAAAUCGAGAAUUUGCGCAUCGUCGUUAAUGACUGCUACUCGGAAUACCUGCUCUCCGGCGCCAAAAGCAAGGGUCAGGACAGCGAGGCUCCGGACGCACGGCAGCCGCCCGACGCCGGGCUUGGGAUGAUCUUUCGCUAUCCGGGAGAUGCUCGCAAACUCCGCGAUCGCAGUAAGAUGCGGUUGUGGGGGGAAUACUUUCGAGAAAAUGGUCGCAACGCGACACUCAUUCGUCAACCUACAUUCCAUAAGUUGAUCCGCGUUGGUCUGCCUAACCGCCUCCGCGGAGAGGUUUGGGAGGUCACUUCGGGGUCGUUAUACCUUCGGUUAAGGUCGCCAAAAUUGUACACGGAUACGUUGUCCAAGUUCUCGGGGCAAGAGUCUCUGGCGAUCGACGAGAUCGAGAAAGACUUGAACCGCAGUCUGCCUGAGUAUGCCGGCUUUCAGAGCGAAGAAGGCAUCGGACGUCUUCGUCGAGUGCUCACGGCAUACAGCUGGAUUAAUGCCGAAAUUGGUUACUGCCAGGCGAUGAAUAUCGUGGUUGCAGCUCUUCUCAUUUACAUGUCCGAGGCACAGGCUUUCUUCCUGCUCUCUGUCUUAUGCGAUCGGCUGUUGCCAGGUUACUAUUCGACUACCAUGUACGGUACCUUGCUCGACCAGAAGGUAUUCGAGUCACUCGUGGAGAAGACUAUGCCUGUGCUAUGGGAGCACCUGACCAAGUCCGACGUACAACUCUCCGUGGUUUCUCUUCCUUGGUUUCUGUCGCUCUACAUCAACUCGAUGCCGCUAGUCUUCGCUUUCCGCGUCUUGGAUGUCUUCUUUCUGGAAGGACCAAAGGUUCUGUUUCAGGUCGGGCUGGCUAUCCUUCGAAUCAACGGCGAGGAACUUUUGGAUAUCCAGGAUGAUGGUUCUUUUAUCUCGGUUCUCAAGUCGUACUUCUCGCGCCUGGAUGAAUCGGCUCAUCCGAGAUCAGAGAACCCGAAACUCCGCGCUAUUACCCGGUUCCAGGAAUUGAUGGUGGUUGCCUUCAAGGAGUUCUCCCAGAUCACGCAUCAGACGAUUAUCGAACAACGAGAAAAGCACAAAGACGCCGUGCUGGAGAAUAUUGAAAGCUUCGCCAAACGCACUUCCAUCCGAAACUUAGGCCCCGAUAGCAAGAAGCUCAGCAUGGACGACCUUGGCGCCAUUUACGACCGCUACUACGAAGUCCUAUAUGACAGCCAGCAAAGGCAAAAGUUGCUAGAGGAGGAGAGAAGACGCCAGGAAAAGAAGAGGGUUGAAAGAACAUCCAUUCUCGGGCCUCCCGUUGAUCGUGAGGUUGGCCGUGUCGGUCUGGGUCCCAGCCCGACCCAUAUGGACUAUGAUGCUUUCCGGGAAUUCCUGGCUGUCACCGCAAAGUGGGCUGUUUCGGACUCCCCGCGCAAAUCUUCCAGUAGCGAGCAAGGCUCCAACAGCUUCCGGGGAUGGGGCAAGGCAGCGUCCUGGAAUACCAAGAAUCAACCAACCGAUCACGAGUUCAUGCAACGACUUUACCGGAAAUGGGCGACUGAUCCAGAGGAAGGCAUUAGUUUGCAGAAUGUCGUUAACGGCCUUGCUCGAUUAAAGGGUCCGCGUGACAUCAUGAACAACAUUCAGUACUUCUUUGAUCUGUAUGAUGAUGAAGGUAAUGGGACUGUUGAUCGUGAGGGUAUCCUUCGCAUGUCCGAGGCCCUGUUGUUUCUCUCCAGGCGAGGCUUUGAAGGCACCAUUACCCCUACUCAAUCCGUUGACGACCUUCGCGCGAACGACCGCGCUGGUAGCGAAGAUAAGUUGAGUACGGAUGAGCGAUUCUUGGGCAGUGUCAGCUCCUUCAUCCGACGUUGUUUCGAGUACGCCGAUCCCAGCAAGCCAGGGGCCCAGGCUGCAAAAGCACAAGAGGACGCCGACGAGGCGGCGGAUAAACUGGGAUCUUUCAGUAUCGGUGAUGACGAAGAGGAGGAUCUGCUUGAUCUGGACAGUGAUACCAAGUCAGACCAUACGGCCGUCACGGAGAAGCCCACCCAACCUGUGCCAGACGAGAGACGCGAGUCCGAACACAAUCGAUCCGUUUCCGAGAGUGCCAACCCGGCCCUGGACCCUAACAAUCCUCUGCACAUCACUCUUCCUACGUUCCGCAUGGUCAUUCUCGCCGAUGAGCUACUGGAACAAUUCUUCGACUCUUACUUCCCGCAGUCAUUCCACCUCUCAGAUCAUGGCUCGUAUGCCGCGACCGCCUCCUCCCUCUCGUCCAACCUCACGACUUUCUCCAACAUCAAUGCUCCCAAGCCCCAGACUAGCGCCAUGUUCGCGCCUUCGGUUGGAGGCGCGUCGGGUGGUAUUGUACCUCCCGGACGAGGUCUUCGCGGUGUGUUGGACAAUAUCGUUUCUGAUGGAAUCCGCAUGGCCGCCGAAGUCAAGAAGCGCAUGGACGAAGCGCAGCGCGAACUCGAACGCAACGCUCUUGGUCGUAAUGAGGAGGAGGACGAGGAAGACGAAGAGGAAUACGAUAGUCGCGCAGGCACCACUUCCGCUCCUAGCAUUGUUGGCGGCAUUUCCAGCUGGGGAGCUGGCGCGUAUGGCGCUGAUCCCGACCGCCGUAGUGUCCGAGAAGCCGAUCGUGAUCUUCUCGAGGGCGCCGAAGUCGUCAGCAUGCGCGGCAAAGACGACGCGUCACUUCUUGAUGAUAAGGACGGCCACCACGACAAUUCUCAGACUGCUUCAGCAGCAGCAGCAGCACCCGUACCUGACAAUGUGGUCAGCAAAGUUGAGUUUGAGUCCUAAGAUCUGGGUCCGUCCUCACCGAGUCAAACUCUUUUUGGCAGUCAUUCCAUUCCUGCUCUCUUACCCUCUCCCUUCCCACCUAUCUACCCUCCUUAUUCGACUCCAUCUCCUAUCGUCUAUACGGCGCUCCGCCCACUUCCACAUAUGAAACUUUAAAGACAUCUAAACAUAAGAAAGAACCUUCCUGCAGACUACCCACAGUGAUCGAUCAUCCCCGGGGGAAUUUAUUACUUUGCGUGUUUCCUUUGGCUGUCGCUUAGAUACCUUGCUUGUGUUGUAUGUUUCAAUGCAUGUCGCUGGGACGAUCAUUAAGUCUAUGUUUAUGUAUGUACCCGUGAUCUGUACGACCG